AUGCGGUGCCACUACGAGGUGCUCGGCGUCGAGCGCGACGCGUCCGACGACGUGCUCAAAAAGGCCUACCGCAAGCUCGCGCUGAAGCUCCACCCCGACAAGAACGUCGGCGACGCCGAGGCCGGCGAGCGGUUCAAGGAGCUCAACGGCGCCUACGAGACGUUGAGCGACCGCAACGAGCGCAAGUGGUACGACGACCACCGCGAGGACAUCCUGCGGGGCCGGUCCGGUGGCGUCAAGCUGAAGAAGCGCGAGGUCAACCUCUGGGGCCUCUUCAGCGGCAGCGCCUUCGACGGCUUCGGCGACGACGAGCGGUCCUUCUACGGCGUCUACGGCGGCGCCUUCGCGUCCGUCGACGCCGCGGAGGCCGGCGAGGCGACGACGGACGGCGCGCCCUUCGGCGACGCGACGAGCGACUGGGACGACGUGAAGCGGUUCUACGACCGCUUCACGGACUUCCAGAGCGCGCGGGCCUUCGCGGCCUACGACAAGUACCGCGUGUCCUCGGAGGAGGCGCGCCACGUCCGCCGCGCG